CCUUGAUAAUCCAGGCAGACCACAGUGGAUCAAAAAUUACUGGUUUCUCCCAUUCCCUCAGGUGAACAGAAAGUAUUAGAGACCUUUUUCUGUCUUUGUACAUUGUCUCCUUUCUGAGGAACGAUGGGGUUGCCUUUAUGUGGAAGAGAACUGAUCCUGAGUCUAAUUUUCCUCCUGGUAAAAUUUUCAACAGCUGAAAUACCACUCUCAGUUCAACAGGUUCCAACAAUCAUAAAGCAGUCACAUGUGCAAGUGGCCUUUCCCUUCGAUGAGUAUUUUCAAAUUGAAUGUGAAGCGAAAGGAAACCCUGAACCAAAAUUUUCAUGGACUAAGGAUGAUAAACCUUUUGAUCUUUCUGACCCUCGGAUAAUUACAUGUAACAAUUCAGGCACAUUCAAGAUCCCAAAUGAGGGGCACAUCUCUCACUUUCAAGGAAAAUACCGCUGUUUUGCAUCUAAUAAACUAGGAACGGCAGUAUCAGAAGAAAUAGAGUUCAUAGUUCCAGGUGUUCCAAAAUUCCCAAAAGAAAAAAUUGAACCCAUUGAUGUAGAAGAAGGGGAUUCCAUUGUCUUACCCUGCAACCCUCCCAAAGGCCUCCCACCUUUGCACAUCUAUUGGAUGAAUAUUGAAUUAGAACACAUUGAACAAGAUCAAAGAGUGUACAUGAGCCAAAAAGGAGAUCUGUACUUUGCAAAUGUGGAAGAAAAAGACAGUCGGAAUGAUUACUGCUGCUUCGCUGCAUUUCCAAAAUUAAGAACGAUUGUACAAAAAAUGCCAAUGAAACUAACUGUGAACAGUUUAAAGCAUGCUAAUGAUUCAAGUUCAUCCACAGAAAUUAGUUCCCAGGCAAAUUCCAUCAAGCAAAGGAAACCCAAACUUCUGCUGCCUCCUGCUCAAAUUGGAAGUUCAUCCAAACGGACUGUACUCAUAGGGGAUACCCUGUUGCUCGAGUGUUUUGCGGAGGGCCUACCAACUCCACAGAUCAUGUGGAGCAAACUGGGUGGUGAAUUACCAGAGGGAAGAGCAACAGUUGAACCUCAUAAAAAGACAUUGAAGAUAGAAAACAUCUCCUACCAUGACAGAGGAAAUUAUCGCUGUAGAGCCAACAAUUCGUUGGGGAUAGACAGUCAUGAUUUUCAGAUCAUAGUAGAAGAGCCUCCAAACUGGAAAAAGAAACCUCAGAGUGCCGUGUACAGCACGGGAAGCAAUGGCAUCUUGUUGUGUGAAGCAGAAGGAGACCCUGAACCCACCAUCAAAUGGAGAGUCAAUGGCUUACCAAUUGAAAAUCAUCCAUUUCCUGGUGACGUUAUGUUCCCCAGAGAAAUCAGUUUUACAAACUUACAGCCAAAUCAUACUGCUGUAUAUCAGUGCGAAGCCUCAAAUAUUCAUGGAACUAUUCUGGCCAAUGCCAAUAUUGACGUUGUUGAUGUUGUCCCACUGAUAAAAACUAAGAAUGAAGAAAAUUAUGCAACAGUGGUUGGGUACAGUGCUUUCUUACACUGCGAGUACUUUGCUUCACCCAAGGCCACAGUAGUCUGGGAAGUGGCUGAUGAAACACAUCCCCUCGAAGGUGGUCGGUACCAUACCCACGAAAAUGGCACACUGGAGAUCUACAGAACUACUGAGGAGGAUGCGGGGUCAUACUCCUGUUGGGUAGAAAAUACAAUGGGAAAAGCCGUCAUCACAGCAAACUUGGAUAUUAGAAAUGCUACAAAGCUCAGAGUUUCUCCUAAGAAUCCUCGAAUCCCCAAAUCACAUGUGCUUGAAAUCUACUGUGAAAGCCAGUGUGACUCACAUUUGAAACACAGUUUGAGGUUGUCCUGGAGUAAAGACGGAGAAGCUUUUGCAAUGAAUGGCACAGAAGAUGGCAGAAUAGUGAUUGACGGAGGUAAUCUGACCAUAUCUAACAUCACAGAAGACGAUCAGGGCAUUUACUCCUGUUCUGCUCAAACUGCUCUUGAUAGUACUUCGGAAAAAACUCAAGUAACUGUCCUUGGUGUUCCAGAUCCUCCAGAAAAUCUUCACUUGUCAGAAAGACAAAACAGGAGUGUCCGGCUGUCCUGGGAAGCGGGAGAUGACCACAACAGCCAAAUCAGCGAGUACAUUGUAGAAUUUGAAGGAAACAGAGAGGAACCUGGAAAGUGGGAGGAGCUAACUAGAGUCCAGGGAGAAGAAACAGACAUUGUGUUAUCUUUGGCUCCAUAUGUGAGAUAUCAGUUUAGGGUCACAGCUGUGAACGAAGUCGGACGAAGUUACCCCAGCCGGCCAUCAGACUACCAUGAAACUCCACCAGCAGCUCCAGACAAGAAUCCACAGAACAUCAGAGUUCAAGCGUCUCAACCCAAGGAAAUGAUUAUAAAAUGGGAGCCAUUGAAAUCUAUGGAGCAGAAUGGGCCAGGACUGGAGUACAGAGUGAGCUGGAAGCCCCAGGGAGCCCCUGAAGAGUGGGAAGAAGAAAUAGUUACAAACCACACACUACGUGUGAUGACACCUACUGUCUAUGCUCCUUAUGAUGUCCAGGUCCAAGCCAUCAAUCAACUAGGCUCUGGACCUGAGCCUCAGCCAGUAACACUCUAUUCAGGGGAAGACUAUCCUAGUACAGCUCCUGUGAUCCAUCGUGUGGAUGUUAUGAACAGUACAUUAGUUAAAGUUACCUGGUCAUCAAUUCCUAAGGAAACAGUCCACGGACUUCUAAGAGGGUACCAGAUAAAUUGGUGGAAAACAAAAAGCCUGUUGGAUGGAAGGACACAUCCCAAAGAAGUGAACAUUCUAAGGUUUUCAGGCCAGCGAAACUCUGGAAUGGUUCCUUCCCUAGAUCCCUUUAGUGAAUUUCACUUAACAGUCUUAGCCUAUAAUUCCAAAGGAGCUGGUCCAGAGAGCGAGCCUUAUAUAUUUCAGACACCAGAAGGAGUACCUGAACAACCAAGUUUUCUCAAAGUUAUCAAAGUUGAUAAAGACACUGCCACCUUAUCCUGGGGCCUUCCUAAGAAGCUAAAUGGAAAUUUAACUGGUUAUCUCUUGCAAUACCAGAUAAUAAACGACACCUACGAGCUUGGAGAAUUAAAUGAAAUCAACGUUACUACUCCAUCUAAAUCCAGCUGGCAUCUCUCCAACCUCAACGCAACAACGAAAUACAAAUUCUACUUGAGAGCAUGCACCUCAAAAGGCUGUGGGAAGCCAAUAAGUGAGGAAGGUGCCACACUAGGAGAGGGGAGUAAAGGUAUCAGGAAGAUAACAGAAGGAGUAAAUCUUACCCAAAAGAUUCACCCUGUAGAGGUACUUGUGCCGGGAGCGGAACAUAUUGUUCACCUAAUGACUAAGAAUUGGGGUGAUAACGAUAGCAUUUUUCAAGAUGUAAUUGAGACAAGAGGGAGAGAGUACGCUGGCUUAUAUGAUGACAUUUCUACUCAAGGAUGGUUUAUUGGACUGAUGUGUGCAAUUGCUCUUCUUACACUGAUACUUUUAACUAUUUGCUUUGUGAAGAGGAACAGAGGUGGAAAGUAUUCAGUAAAAGAAAAGGAAGAUUUACACCCAGAUCCAGAAGUUCAGUCAGCAAAAGAUGAAACUUUUGGUGAAUACAGCGACAGUGAUGAAAAGCCGCUCAAGGGAAGCCUUCGGUCCCUGAAUAGGAACAUGCAGCCCACAGAGAGUGCUGACAGUUUAGUGGAAUACGGAGAGGGAGAUCAGUCCAUAUUCAACGAAGAUGGAUCAUUUAUUGGCGCCUACACCGGAGCUAAGGAGAAGGGAUCUGUUGAAAGCAACGGAAGUUCAACCGCCACCUUCCCGCUCCGGGCAUAAGCACAGCACAUUCAUUCACGGAUCUCCCUGGUCUC